AUGUUUACUAGAACCGUUUUACAGUUUCUGAUUUUAUUAAUUCCAGCCGCACCAAAGACUCCCCAGAGGAUUGUUGGUGGUUCUCUAACGACCAUCAAUCAACAUCCUGAUAUAGUCUCUUUAUUGUGGUCUUGGAAUGAAGCCAACAAUCACUUUCAAGUCUGUGGUGGUAGUAUCAUAAACAGCAGAUCCGUUCUCACUGCUGCUCACUGCACCGUUGGUGCCCAAUCAUUCAUAUGGCGGUUUCGUUUAGGAUCCACCUUCGCUAACAGUGGUGGUGUGGUACAUCUUACGUCGCAAAUCAUCAAUCACCCACAAUAUAACCGUGUCAACUACGAUAAUGAUAUUGCGAUCAUCCGUACCUCUUCCAACAUUGUUUUUUCCAACGUAGUCCGACAAGCAAGCAUUGCCGGUGCCAAUUAUAACCUUGCGGACAACCAAGUAGUUUGGGCUGCUGGAUGGGGGGCCACUUCCUCUGGGGGUCCAUCAUCAGAGCAACUGAGACACGUUCAAAUAUGGACCAUAAAUCAGGCAGUUUGCAGAAAUCGUUAUGCAGAGAUAGGCCUCACAGUCACCGACAACAUGUUGUGCUCCGGCUGGCUCGAUGUCGGUGGUCGUGACCAGUGCCAGGGUGACUCUGGUGGUCCACUUUACCACAAUGGAGUCGUCGUCGGCGUCUGCUCGUGGGGUCGCGGAUGUGCUCAAGCUCGCUUCCCUGGUGUUAAUGCUCGUGUUUCACGCUACACUCAAUGGAUACAGAAUAAUGCUUAA